AACAAAAGAAGUGUCGAGGUGCGAUCGGUUCGUUCUUUAAUUCAUUUUAAUUGAUUAAUAAAAACCCUCUGCAUUAUUAAUAUGCGGGUGUGUGUCUGUGCUAACGUGGGAGCUGUGCAUCUGCUGCGAACUUAAUGCAAAAAUAACCAAGGUGCCAGGUGGAACGAUGAAUAAAACGUAAAUGUGCUUCCUGCUUGUGAAUAUCUCUCGAGUGCCAACUAAUCUGUAAAAGUGUAGCCACCAGCGGCAUGCGAGUACUAAUCAAUUAAUAGCCUAUUCGUUCAGCGUGCUCCCUUAGUAAUUGUACUUAUCGUCUCACAUUUGUCUUGCUGCUGGUACGCGACGCAGUCUUAGACAUUUUACACCGGCUAAUGCCUCCAAAAUAGUUAAUUUAAAUGCUCCGUGAAUGGAGUUUAAUGCCAAAUGCCACGUAUAUUUAAUCAAUUGCAAUGCAGAAUAUCCUGUUUUUGAGUUGUGACAAAUUUUUCCUGUUUCCCUGGCAACAACAAACCCAAGUGCAUGGCAACAAUAACAAAAAAAAGCAGCAAUAACAUGAACAGCUGAUGCACAGUGCUGGCCAAUGCUGCAAUUCCCGUAUGCAACUGAUCCAGAACCAUUGCCCCCUGUAUACGCCCCCUGGCAUUAAAUCAACUUACAUUUGCCAUCAUCGGGCGGUGCCACAGCCACGCAUGUUGAUAAGAAGGCCGCAAUCAACAGUCCCACAUAAAAUAUAAAUACUCCCCCCGAGCACCGAGCACCGAGCCCCGAGCCACGACAGCCGACAAACGUCGAAGACGAAAAGUGCAAACAGAAUAUGAACUUAUCUGGCUAACACCAGACACCGACACCCAACCAACCCCGAAGUUCACUCAAGACAUGACUUGGCCUUAAAAUUGUGAUAUAUUUCUGAGCAUUUUUGCCAAUUGUAGACCAGCAAGGACAAUGGUACGACUCAAUCGACGCCUGCUGCCCAUCAAGGCGCAUUUCUUCUUCUUUAUGGCGGCCAUGGGUCCCAUACUGCCGCAGCUGUCGGUGAUUGGCAAGCAAAUUGGCAUCCCGCCGGAUGUGAUGGGCUACAUAAUGGCCGUCCUGCCCAUCCUGUAUGUCCUGGCCAAGCCCCUGGUGGGCUUCCUCGCCGACUAUUUCACGAGCCUGCGCAAGUUCAUCUUUAUGACUUUGAUCCUGGUGAUGACGCUGGCCUAUGCUGGCUUCUACUUUCUGCCCAGCAGCAACCAUGCCAUACGGCUGGACGAGGGCAGUGCCAGGUGGAAUGUCACCCUGCUGGAUGCACCAGCAGAAUGCCCCCCCGAGGUGUUCUCCUCUCCCGCCUACUGCCAGACGGUGCACUCGGCGGAGUGCGACGGCUUUCAGGCGCUGAUUGUGGCGGGGCUGAAUCUCAGCCAGAACCUGCAGCAUGGCAAUGAGAGCCUGCACAUGUGCAGCCUUGAGGCGGGCUCGCUGGCCAGUGGGAACGUCUCCUGCCUGCUGCAGCACACCGACAGCUGCAUCUAUGGGAGCGGCAAGUUCUGGCUGUACGUCUGCCUGCUGUUCAUUGGCACCAUUGGCUUCAAUGUGACCAACUCCAUAUCGGAUGCCUGCUGCUUCGAUCUGCUGGGCGACGAGGAGCAGGACAAGUACGGGGCCCAGCGGGUGUGGGGCACCAUUGGCUUUGGCGCCACCGCCCUGCUGGCGGGCAUUGUGGUCGAUCUGUGGACCGCGGAUGCCGUCAAGAGCCUGACGCCCGCCCUGAUCAUCAUGGGCGUGUUCAGCGUGCUGGAUCUGGCGAGCGUGUCCAAGCUGAAGCUGCCCAAGCUCGGUGGCUCCGAGUCCAUUGCGGCGGAUGUGUGGCAACUGGUGCGACAGCCGCCGAUUGUCGUCUUUCUGGUGUUUGCCACCGUGGCGGGCAUCAUCGACUCGUUCAUCAUCUACUUUAUGUUCUGGCACGUGGAACAGGUGGCCGAGGAGACCGGCUACAUGCAUCAGAUCAAGCUGAUCGAGGGCCUGGUGGUGGCCGCUGAGUGCCUGGCCGGCGAGGUGCCCUUCUUCUUCUACAGCGGCAAGAUCAUCAAGAAGCUCGGCUACGUCCACUGCAUGAGCAUGUGCUUCUUCUUCUAUGCGCUGCGCCUGUCGCUGAUUGCCUGGAUACCGAACCCCUGGUACCUGGUGGGCGUCGAGCUCUUCUUCCAGGGCAUCACCUAUGCCCUCUGCUACACGUGCAUCGUGGCCUACGCGUCGGCUGUGGCGCCGCCAGGCACCUCCGCGACAGUUCAAGGUCUCAUGGCCGGCAUGGACGAUGGCCUGGGCUUCUCGAUUGGCUCUCUCAUCGGCGGCUUCAUGUUCAAGCGACUCGGCGGACGGGAGAGCUUCAAGUACUUUGCCAUUGUCGCCAUCUGCACCUGUGUGGCCCACAUCCUGGUGCGUCCCAUCUCACGCAAGCGGCAGUUCCUGCCCAAGCAGGUCUACCAACAGCCCACGGAACAGGCGCGGGACGAGACCAAAUAUCCGCCAGCACAGGAGCUGCAGGACGUGCGAUAAUAACCCCCAGGACUAUCUCUAUAUAUGUUUUAGGAUAUUUUAUUGUGUGUAUUUGUUGCAUAUUUUUAUACGAACUUUGUCAAAGAACAAGAAAGAAACUUGUUGCCCCAAA